AUGUCGUCAAUCCUCAACACCUCAGCAACCAUCCAGCACAAAACCCCCCUCCCAUCAACCCUCACCGGACCCCAGGCAAUCACAAGCCUCCAAAACCACGAAGGCUUCAUCAAAUGCGACCCGCACAUGAUCUCCUACAAGCCCCUCCCCGAAAGCACUUCCGAACCCAUCCCCUCCACCAUCACCUGCUCACCUCCUGCCGGCCGUCCCGCCGUUGUCUAUGAGGUGACGGAUCGGGUGCACGCCCUGCCUGCGGGGCUAUGGGAUUCCGACGUCGUGAGCACUUACGAGUUUGUGGAUCUAGAGAAGGGCAUGUUCGUGAGGUUGAGGAGUCCGUUGAGCGUGGUUAUGGAGACUGUGUGGGAGGUUAGGGAGGUGGAGGGGGGUGGUGGUGGGUUAGAGUUGGUGGAGGAGGUGACGAUCUCGUGCUCGAGGCUCUUGGUCGCCGUAAUUAAGGGGCAGUGUGAAGGGAAUUGGAAGGGUAUUCAUGGGAACCUGGUUGCGAAGAUGGAGGGCAAGGAGGCAACGGAGGGCUAG